AAUUGUCGGAGAAGGACCUAGGAUUCCUGGUGGAGCCGGGGGAUCAGGUGGUGACGAAGGGUCGGACGCUGAGGCUGGACUGCAAGCCGGCCGUGGCGCGCCCGUACUCGGUCACCUGGUUCGAUGGCUACUUCACCGGCUCCAUGGUCCCCGUCAACCUCUCCGACCCCCGCAUUCGCGUCGAGAACAACGGCUCCCUCACCUACAAGAAAUUCAAGGGAUUUGGUGAGGCGAGUGACGUGGGAACGUUCUGUUGCCUCGUCAACACAACUGUUGGGGCACUCUUGUCCAGGCCCGCCACCGUAAGGGUUACUGGCAUCUCCAGGGAUCCCGAAUUGGCCCUGAAGAACUUGACCGUUGGAGAAGGUGAGACUGUCAGAUUACCUUGUCAAAUAAUCUCGGUCCCCGCCGCUCGCAUCAGUUGGGAAAAGAAUAACGCUACUCUACCUCAGAACAAUAGAUUUAUUCAGCUGAAGAAUGGUGCACUUUACAUCAAGGAUGCACAGACUUCAGACUCGGGCGAAUACAGGUGUCUGGGGGUCAACCCUGAGACCAAGAAGCAGAAACUUAGUUCCUCAGGCUAUCUGACAGUUGUCAGAUCCGACUCAAUCUCUAGUAGUACAACAAAACCCCUUCAGUUCCUAUCACCUUCCCCUCCGACAAAUCCACUGUAUCUCAAGCAAAAUGACGAAACUCAGCUGGAAUGCUCAGCCUACGCUUAUCCUCAAGUACCUGAACUCUUAUGGACUGCCAACUCUCCAGUGGACGAGAUCAUUUCACAAACUCACGGUGGAAUCAACGUGCUGUCACUCAAAGGUGCUUUGGACCUCUCAGGGAAAAGUUUUUCUUGCAAAGCAUUCCUUCAAAGUGAUCCCUCAACAAUUAUCACUCAGACAACUGAAAUAGAAAUCAUAGUUCCGCCGUCAAUCACUGUCGCUCCGGAAUCUCAGGAAUUGGUAGCUGCCAGAACUGUCUUCUUCAAAUGUGCAGCUACAGGACAUCCCCAGCCCUCAAUAAUGUGGUUAAAAGAUGGAAAACCUCUCUUACUGGAAGGACGUAUGCGGCAAGAAGAGGAGAAAAUCUUGGUGGACGGCGUUGUCGUCUCUAACUCCUCAGGGACCUACCAGCUCUCAGUGGGCAGCACUCUCGCCUCUGACUCAGGGAUCUACCAAUGUGUGGCGAGAAACGCCGGAGGCACCGCUUCUGCAGCAGCACGGCUCUUUGUCAACGUUACGCACCAGUACCCAGCGCCCUCAGAACUCAACUGCACAACGCUCAGCAAUUCAUCAAUAUUCGUCUCUUGGGUACAGCCUAGGGAUUGGACGCCACACGCUUACUCGGUCCAUUAUUAUUCAAAUAAUGUUGACGAGGACCGGCAGCCUACACAAGGCACCUCUUAUCAGAUCAAUGGGCUGAAGCCGUACACUAACUACUCCAUCUAUGUUCGAUCGUACGCCCACCAUGCACCAUCAGAUCACUCACCUACGAUUCAUUGCACAACUGGUGAAGCUGUGCCAGUCGCAGCUCCAGCGGUGAAAGUUAUGCCAGUGAGCACGACAUCUGCUCAAGUUUUGUGGAAACCUCUCACUCCAGAAGAGGCUCAGGGAAUCAUUGUCGAGUACAAAAUUCAGUGGCGCCGUGUUACACAGUCUUCAAUGUAUGUUGAACCUGCACCUGGCAACAUGACUGACCGCAUAAUAACAGGAUUAUCACCUGGGCAGAAAUAUGAAAUCCGGGUAACUGGAAGGACACAGAAAGGAUGGCCGUUGCAAGAGUUUGAUUGGACGGAAUUUGAAAUGCCUAUCAGUAUGAUUCCACCAGCUCCAGAUCUACAUCUUUUUGUCAUUAGCACAAACUCUAUUCAGGCUCAAUGGUCCUACAAAUGGAGAGUUGAAAAUUUGAAGGGCUUCAAACUGAGUUACAGGAAAAAAGAUUCAGGAGAUCCACUUACCACCUUUCCACUGUUCUCAAUCAACCAGACGGAAUUCAUCAUCAACGAUUUGGAAAUGCAAACAUGGUAUGAGGUGUUCCUCAACGUUGUGACGCUUCUGGAUGAGAAAGAGGUAGACGGAGAAAAUAUUUCUCGCAGCAUCCACACCUUCCCGCCUGAAACAGGAAAGACUUUUUCUGCGUUGAAUAUCCCUGCCCCCACUGACCUAGAGGCUGAGCCCUCCUCACCUACGAGCAUCAACCUGACCUGGACACCACCCAGCUAUACCAACGUUAGCUUCUACACGGUCGCGUACCAAGAGGUACCCUCAACGCAUAGGGAAGACGAAGAAUUCAACUAUGCCCACAGUACCAGCAAUGAAAUUGAAUUGAAAAAUUUGAAACCCUUCACCUCUUAUGAGAUGAAAGUUCGGACACACGAUUUUGCAAAUGGUUUCAGUGAAUUCAGUCGAAAGUUAGAGGUCAAGACGAAGGAAGAUCUCCCCGGUCAUGUUCAAAAUGUUGAUUUCAAAGUGCUGAACAAGUCAUCUGUUCGCUUAUCCUGGAGGAAACCUAAUUACGCAAACGGCAUCAUAGUUCGCUAUCUCAUAUCGUACCUGCAAGAUCCCACAGGACCAUGGCGUAACCUAUCUGUCCCUGGCAACCUGUCAUCAACGGACGUCAUUGGACUGGAGGCCAACAUACCUUUCUUUGUAAGAGUACAAGCUGAAACAGGUGCAGGAAUUGGUCCUGGUAACGUAACACAGUUCAUACUAGUCCAGCCACCCAAGGAUGGGCAGCAGUAUUCUCUCGGUCAACCAUCAUCCAACCGAGCUCCGACCGUUACUCCAGGCGAUCAAUUUCUAGGUGUUGUUGUCGGAUGCAGUAUUGGCUUGUGUUGUAUUGCAAUGUGCACAGCAACUCUGGUCCUGCGGAGGCAAUGUGGUAAACCGCCCCGAUGCGCCAACAACAAUGGUCCAAUGAGGGACGCAGCCAACGGAAAUGGCUACUAUCAUGAGAGGACAGGGUGCAACGAACGACAUGAGCUGCAGUGUCUCACCCAGCACAUUGAUUCAAAGGGUGGCUAUCAAAUUGGCUCAUUGAAUGGUCUCAGAUUGCCUUUGUGUAACAGUAUCCAAAAUGGACCCCUAACAGCAAUUCGAAUCACAGAAAAUCCACAUUUUAUCCGCGACUUUGAUAUGCGCGAUCGUGAAUGUGGUGAAGGAGACAGCCUGCUAAGUGGACCGCUCAAUGAGACGCAGCUCACCUCUCUCGGGUUCGGUGGCGAAGGUUCCGAAGAGCGAGAGGAAGGAGGUGACUCAGGGUUAGGCAACGACCGAACCGAGUCAGACCACGGGUUGGACGGCUAUCGAUUCAGCCGAACAGAAUCUGAUCUGGACGGAUGUCGACUUAAUGCAGACUGCAAAUCGAUGGACGAGGACUCGAAUCAGAACAGUGCUCCGUGCUCGUACUACAAAUUCAACAACUACAAGAGGCCAUGCUCACCGAUCAGGAAGUAUUCGGAUCCACCAGAUGACGGGUUUUGCGAGAGUCAUUUUUCCCACUACCCACCGUCGCACCUUGCCACAACUGUUGGACCUAAUAGUUAGGUGUCAAGUGAGCGUGACCUGAUUCCAAGUUAACAAACACCACUAUUCUGGAAGUUUGAGUUUGUGCAUCAAACUUCCUCCCACUGGCCUGCCUCUCAGUGAUGUACCUUACAUUAACGAGAUCUUUUAUCAGUCACUGAUUUUUUUUCUUCGUAAUCAUUGGUAUGUUAACUUUAUAUAUUUUAUUACAAAACUCAUUGUUCAUCUCAGUACCUGAUUGUUUUUAAAGUAAGUUCUAUUUUUACUUUAAGUGUAUUCAUAACUACUUUAACUAUUUUUAAUAUGACGAUUCAUCAUAAUUUUCAUUGACUACUAUUAUUUUGCAGUUAUAUUAUUCAUACGGUGAGGCAUAUUUUGUCAUUAGCAUCAGUUUUUAAUGGUUAAGUGUAAAAUCAGCUGAGUGUAAUUAUGCCUGUAUGGUGCCUUUUAGUGCAGUCAUUCUGUGUACUCUUGUAGUCGGAGUCAGAACUCAUUAUUCUUGGCAGAAAGUUUUCCAAAGACUUGGUCAACAUUUAGGUUCGCAGUUAAGGUUGGAAUCUAAUUUUUGAUCUAUAAAGUUCUGACUACAUAUAAUAUUCUUAAUCUCAGGUUCCAAUACCAAUGAUAACUUUUUUGUGGUGAUUCCUGCUUAUCAUGCAGCAUUGAUACAGUUUAACCAACGCUUCUUCAUCUUGCUCCCCUUUGGUAGAUUUUAUACUUUUUAACACCAUACCUUUUACACGUAAUACAGUUUUGAAUCUACUCUAAGUCAAGGGUCAAUUUACUCCAGAAGUUUACAAUCAUUGAAAUAAGUUGUUUUAGUUUUUAACAAAAAACUGAACCAUUUACUCAAGAAGCACAUGUUUUUCAGCUAUGCUCAAAAUUUUUCAUUGAAGUUGAAAUCAUGUGAACAUAAAAAUUCAACGUUCAAUUUGACCAAUCAAAUUGGGUUUUUUUGCUUUCGGAUAUUGUUGCUUUUAAUUUACGGUUUUGAAAUAAGAAUUUUGGGAGUAAACCGGUGGAACAUACUUCUGGUCCUAAUAGUUCCGUUUUUUUUUGUUAAAAUGGAAAAAUAGAAUCGGUACUUUAAAGAAAUCUGUUUGAUUUUUCCAAUGUUUGUCUGCUUCUGGCUUAGAUUUUCCUUAAAUUCCAAAUUUAUUCCAAUGCCAUUGUAAUACUAAAUCCCACACCAUAGAAGUUCUGCAACUCUGUGUUUGGAAUAUAUAAAACAAGUCAGUAUGGAUAAGGAAGUAAUUGGCCUAAUGCUGCAGGUUAAAAAAAUAUUCUGCCUCAGAUCGCAUAUUUUUUUUGUAGUUUUUCUUAGAUUUUUUAUACUUAUUCUUGUUGACAAUUUGUACCUAUCUUUUAUUCUUCCCCAGUCAUCCCUCCUUUUUUUACACUGAAAUGUUUUCCUUUUUGCCCUCAUUUGCUCUCCAGGCAAAUUUGAGUUUCGAAAGUUUCAUUUCUCAAGCAAUUUCUCACUAAAGUUCAAACAUAUGUACAAAUUGAAGUUUUGUAAACGUUUUUUAAAUUUUUUUAAAUCUAUUUUGGUAGACUUGGGAACCCAGCAGGCAUAAUUACCCCUCAGCGUUCAGUCCAUAUUUGAUUUGUCUCAAGUGAAUUAAGUCUCAGACCGAACCGAUCAAACAUUCGUAGAUUUCAGGUUAUUUCCCUUCCACCCCACCUGUCAAGCCCCUAGAAAACCUGUUCUUGAAAGACGGACAUCCAUACAAAUUUUCCUCCAAAAACGGUAAAUUGGCACCGCUAUAGAAUGUUGUCCUCUACGGCUCGUAUGAAUAUUAUUCCAAGUAUAAAAUGUCAUAAUUUAAUUCACACUAGUCAUGAGGGGGGUUUUUUUUCCUCUCCGUGCGUAGAUGUUUCCACCUUUUCUGGGGGCUUAACAGUCGAGAUUUUUUUUUCUUAAUUAAUUUGUAUUUUGUUGGAUCUGUCAAUUUCAUACCGUUUUCUCCUUGUCUCUGUGUGCUUGAAUCAUUUUGUUUUCGUGUAUUGUUAUUCAGUAUUGAUACUUUUUCUACUAGCCUGGAUCUUUGGCAAACUGCUGAAACUUUCGCCAUUUAUAAUACGCUUACUCAUCCGCAGCAAUUUUCAGUGGCUAAACCUCCUUUUUCAUUCCAUAUUAUUAGCUGACACGGGUUAACUUAUUUUUACUUGCUUUAUUUGUUUAUUUGUUGCCCUUAAUUUCGAGUUUCAUCAUAUUGCCUCUUUUACUGCACUUAUGAUAUCAACAAUGAAAGUACAGCUUAGAUCUCUACUAUCCAGGACAUUCUACUUACAUAUUUAAAUUUUAGUAGAAUCGAUUCAAUAUUUUAAUUACUUCUACCUGUUUUUGUUCCUUUUUUUUCUUAUCUUGAUCAUUGAGUAUUAUUUGCAAUACAGCAGGUCUUUAUGAAUAGUCAAGUGAUGCUGAACCGGAUUUCAAAAAAACAUUGAUAACAUUUUCAAGCAUAUUUCAGCCACCUAAUCCUGAAAAACCAAUGUAGGAAACCCUAGCCAUUAGCCAAAAGCAAAGAGAUGAAAAGCAAAAGCAUAAUAUCUUCAUCGAGUUAUCAUAUCAAACAGUGAAUUUUUGGUCUCAAGAUGUUUCAAAAAUAGGCAGCCGAAGUGCGCCUUUUCACUGUUUCUUUUCAUUUUUUGCCUAUAUAUUUCUAAACAAAUCAACAAAUUUAAGUCCAAAUAGAGCUGUUUCAUCAUUACUGGCACAGAAUCACUUUUUAGUUUUCAUUAUUUUUCUCAUUCUGUUUUUCUUUCUUCAAUCAAUCCGUAAUUGCAUCAGUCGUUUUCAAAAAGACUUGAGUUGCAGAAAUGAAAAUGCAACAAAAACAGUAAAAACUGUGUUAAUCGACCCAUUUCAAAUCUUAGAUUAAACAGUGUGAUUAAUCUAAUCAAAUGCUUUUAAUAUAUAUUUUGGAGCUACAAGAUUUGGAAUGGGUCGAUUUAAACUUUUUUGGGCGUUUUUCUUGUAUUUUAAUUUUGGUGCUUAAGCCUUCAUGAGAAUGACCAAUUCAAUUUGGUGUUGACCAAAUUCUUAAAAAUGUUGUGUCGAAAUGACUAGCAUAUAAUCUCAAAUGCGUUUGGCAGAGAGAUCGAUCUUUUGUAAACGAUUUACUCGUGUAAAACGAUUUCAAUACUAUGAUGCAGCGUUGAGAAAGAGGCAAUAUUGAUGAUUUCUUUGCUCCCACCUACCCAUCUCAGGGAGCCAGUUUCCAUAAGGGAACUGGCCAGAUAUUUUGCGGUUUGAUGAAGAUCCAACGUCAGUGUUUCAUCAGUCUUGAUAAAUCCCUAAAAUCGUCCGUAACAAACAUUCAUUGCAACUUUUUGCUGUAUAAUUUUACUUAUUUUUAAGUUCAAUCUAAUUUUUUCUUUAUCUCUGUCCCCUCGUUGAUGUUUUCUGGAACUCUUUUUGUUACUUUACCUCACUCAUUGGAACAAAUAAUCCGUUGACAUUCCGAUUUCUGUAUUAAAUUUUAGUUUAGUUUUUUAGGUUUUUAUCUCUCUGCGUAUUUGUUUGAACUUUUAAUGGUUCUCUGCGUAAGUUGCAUUCUAUCCACCAGUUUUUCCACACAAGCCAAUUUGCAGCUUGAAUUUUUUACUGUAACAAGCAAUUCAAGUCACAAUUUUUCCCUAACUUUAAAAGUUUAUCGGCAGAUCCUUAUAAUAAACCUCCCAAGCUACUGACUUUUAUAGAGUUGUUGCAAGAGUCUGUGGCAGACAUUUAAAGGACAAACCAUUUUCAGUUUAGCAUUGAGACUAAAAGCUAGAAUCUGGAUAGUGGAUCAUUUCAUCCAUUUCAGAAGUUGCGCGAUAAUUUUGUAAAAUUUAGUUUUGUGAUAAUUGUCUUACAUCAGCAAUAAUUUCACUCUCAUUUCUAUCUUUGUGAAACAGAAAAAGCCAAUCUUUUAACACUACGCAGAGACCUCAAUCGUUUUAUGUUUUGUUAAAUUUUAAAUUUUGCAGAUAAGUUUACAAAGAAUUGAUUCGUCUCAGGUUUUAAGUUAAGUUUUUAGUUGAUUAUGAAUGCAAGUCGCGUAUUGGGUGCGCGAUGAUUUUCGUUUUUUUUGUCUUUUAAAUUUUAAGUUUAGUUUAACCAUGCUUUUUUUUCCUUACAUUUUUCCCUUUUCAACGAGUGUCACGCCCUAAAAAUGCGCUUUUGUAAUCUCGGGUGGCAUUUUCAUGCAAAUAACAGCUCUCCUCAGGGAUAGGCCACCCAUUUCAGCUUUGCAGCGCCAAUUCUAAUGCAAGCAAGGAAAGGAAACAAAACCGACGUACCUAUCUACUACUUUUUUCAAAAAUAGAAUUCCAUUUUUUUAAUUUAGUCUUUGCAGUAAACACAAGCUCAUUCUGCAUCUCAUCCUGCAUUGUUAACUCAGUUCAAACGUUCAUUCCUCCGUUUUCCAUUUCCCCCUUUCAAGUGGAAGCCUGUUUUCCGAAACAAUUUAAUCUACUCUUUCGCAUAAUGUACGUACAUUAUGUAGUUCCAUUUUUUGCAGUUCCUAUGGCUUUUUAUUUGUUAUGUACUAUAGUAAGGAAAACCACUUGGCCCCUCCCCCAUAUAUCGACUUGUUAUUCUGUUAAUGCUUAGUUUAUUUUUUUUUUCUCUCUAUUUUCUUUCUAAGUUUGUUGUUCAGCGCGUAGCAUUGAGGCCACGUUCACAGGAAGUAUUUAAAUAGCAAUCGGGUAAUUCUCUUUCCUCUUUCCUCUCGUCUCUCUGUUUCGGAAGAAAAUCAUCAAUUUGUUGGUGCCUUCUAUUAGAGAUAGCUUCUAGGAUUUAGUAGUGUAAGUCUAACCGUCGCGUACAAAUUAUCAUAUUUUUUUACCACUUACUCUUCGUAUAGAAUCCAGUAAGUGGCUACAUUGUCUAAGAAUUAUUGAUAAUAUUGAUUAUGUUAUGUAAAUUUAAGAAUUUUAAUUUUAACGUUUCGGUUGGUAAAAGUUUUUCUGCACUCAUGCUCGAAAUAUAUAUGUUUCUAUUUCAGCAUUUGGAAACAUUAACAAGAUUGAAUAAUGUAAGAAAGGUGUUUCUGAAUCUAGAAUUUAUUUUGUUGGAAAAUACCGAUGUCAACAUCAAAUAGAUGGAAUUGCACAAGAAGGAACCAAUUUUUCCCUUUUCAUCAAUGAGCCAGAAAAGUCUUUUCCUUUUUGUGUGAUUAGAACAAACUGUUUAAGCACGAAGUCUCUUGAUCUGAUUAGUUUGUACCCACCAAAAAUAAAAACUGUAUUGGUUUUGCACCUACAGUUUUUCUACAAUUCUAGAUUUGGUACAGGUUAUCGCGGUAUUAGCUGCUCAUAGAUAAUUUUUACCAGCAGGUAAAUCAAUUGAGUUUUAUUUUUAUUUUCAACAGCAUAAAUUACUCAAGCUUUGAGGUUUUUUCUCAAAUGAAAUCAGAACAAAUCAUUGAUUAUUUUUAACUCAUUUUGAUGGAUGUGUGAAAUUUCAUGGUUGUGCUUUUGAAUGGUGUUUUUAAUCGAUCAAUCAUGAUCAAUAAUCUUUUUAAUCGUGUUGUUGCACUUUUCCUGAGCAUUUUUCAUUAAGUCGGAACUCCCUUUUUAUCUGCAGAUUUUAACUGUGAUAUUCACCAGUUUUUGGAUCUAUAUUCUUUUAGCAAGUUUUGUUAUCUGCAGUAUUUUUAUGCAUCCAUGUUAAAAAAUGAAAUUGGCUUUCCAGUAUGCACAGGUGACUUUUAGUUUGAUGGUUGGAUUUAAUUCUUACUAACAGGUAGUUUCAAAGUAUUUCUUUCUAGUAUUCACUUUUAACUGCCAAAACUAGGGCAACUAAAUGUAUUUUAGCUUAGGUAAUUAUGAUAGGAACUGAGGAUCUGCAGAACCAGGUAUGAACUCAAAUAAUGUUUUUGACAUUUUAGCAGAGUUUAGAUUAUGUUGUUUCAAGACAACUGAAGGGAGACUGCUGUUCAAACGUUUACUAAGUAGCUUUUGACACAAUAUUUAUGUCGAGAAUUUAUCCUAAAAGUUUCCAACAUUUUUGCCUGUAGUCUAGGUUCCCAUAUGAAACGUAUAAACCUGACAGUCAAAUAAUGAUACACAGAGAUAAUAUCAAUAGAAAUACUAAGAAUUGAAAGGGUUUUUUGUUGACUAUUGAUUUAACUAAUCAGCUUGAUUCUGAGUUUCUUUUGAAUAAUAUUUAAGGAAAGCAAUUCCAAAUUGAUUAUUUUACAACUUACGGUUCAAACCGAACAAUGUUCCCCAAUUUUUAGUCCGGAUUUUGAAUUGAGAAAAUUAAUUCUCACUUGAAAUUUUCUAGGUGUCAAAAAAAAAUCGAAUGCAAUCGUAAAAGACAGAACGUACUGCAGCAAAACGAUCAACAGUGAAAAUCUCCUUCAAUUCAACUAAUAGAUCUCCGCUCCCUGUUAAUCGAUUUUUCUUAUCGUAGUGUUCCAAAAUUUAAAAUGGUAACCGCGAAUAGUAAAUAAAUACCCUGCAAUAAUCGAAUUUUAAGGCCUUGCACCACUUUUGAAUAUCCUUUACACCAUUACACUUGCUCAUUUCUGCUCAAGUCUAAAGUGCCCCAUUUGCAGCAGUUCUCGUUGAUGCUCAUGUCAGAUUGCCUCUUACCUCGUCACCAUUUCAAUGUGUUCUUGCCGUUCGAAAUACUCCUUUUAUUAUCUUUAUUCAAUGAGUUGCAGUGUAAAAAGUUGUUUAGUUAUUGUGAUACGUCUCAUUUUCCUUGCUAGAUUUUGUAUCUCAGUUUGCACCAUAAUACGUUUUAGAUAGUGUUUUCUAGUUGGAAACUUUUAUCAGUCAAACAAUACCUCCCUUCUUAUAUCUUCCACCAUGCGUCAGUUCAACUUUUUAAGUUUCAGAACUAAGUCAAAAUGAGAUUCUGUUUUAUCAGGUUUUUUUGUAUUAUUCGGCCAAAUAUUUAGGCGGACCUAUGUAUGUAUGUAUAAUUUAACUAACCGUAGACAUGGUUUCCUAAUUUUAACUUUUCCCUCAGUAAUUUCUACUUAAUGAUCAAAAUGAUUUACAUCCUUACUAAGUUGCAUUUCUUUGCCAUAUAAUCCCUAAACUCAGGUUCUCUCUUAGUCAUUAAUGUUUAAUACUGAAAAAAAAUCCAACCAUCCUCGAAAGCUCACCUCAUUCGUCAGCUGAGAGAAUAUCAAAAUUUGGCACUUUUUUAAUAACCCAAAAAACACUGACCAUGACUCAAAACCAGUCGAUCAGAAGCCAAUGUCU